CACGGCGCACCGUCUCCGGCAUCACAGUACUGUACAGUAGACUGACGAUCACAUGAUAAAGUUUGUGGGCUCCUCCUGUGCGAUCUCUCGUCAUGCUGUCCUUACACACUUUCUGGUCUUCAGGACGGUCUCACUGUAGGGAAAGCAGAAGACCCCUGAAGUGGCUCCUGAGAAAUGUUGAACAGCGAGCACAUGCAUCAUCCAGCCUCAAAAUCACUGUAGCUGGAGGGAAGGUGGCACCGGUUUUCUCUAAAGCUCCUGCAUAUGGAGACAAUGUUGCCAUCACCGAUCACAGUGGGAGCCACACCUACCACUCGCUCUACAAAAACAGCAUAAGCCUGGCAGGACGCAUUACCAAAUUGCUCGCUUGUCCAUCAGGAGACCUGCAGGGCAAGCGCAUCUCGUUCUUGUGCAACAAUGACUCAUCCUACACUGUGGCCCAGUGGGCGUCCUGGAUGUGUGGCGCCGUCGCUGUGCCCCUGUACAGGAAACAUCCUCUGAGUGAGCUGGAAUAUGUCAUUGCAGACUCCCAGAGCUCACUACUGGUGGCCGGACAGCCUUUCACGGGCACCCUUGAGCCGUUGGCCCAGAAACUCGGGCUGCCCUGCCUGGAGCUUUCCAACAUGUCAAUCCUAGACCCUCUGCAGUCAGAGGACAUGCAGGCGUUUCCUGGUGAGAGCAUCUCAGACUGGGCGGAGAGGCCAGCCAUGCUGAUCUACACCAGCGGAACCACAGGCAGACCGAAGGGAGUGCUACACACCCACAGCAGCUUGCAGGCCAUGGUUCAUGGUUUGGUGUCAGAGUGGGCAUGGAGUAGAGAUGAUGUCAUCCUGCACACGCUGCCCCUGCAUCAUGUGCAUGGCAUCGUAAACAAGCUGAUGUGCCCACUCUGGGUUGGUGCCACCUGUAUUAUGCUGCCAGAGUUCAGUGCUCAGAAGGUUUGGGAGCAGUUGCUCAGCUCAAAGUCCCAGAUGGUGAAUGUAUUCAUGGCAGUCCCCACCAUCUACUCUAAACUCAUCGAAUACUACGAUGAGCAUUUUACUCAAGCUCGCGUCCAGGACUUCAUCAGGGCCGUCUGCAAAGAGAAAAUCAGGUUGAUGGUGUCUGGUUCUGCGGCUCUUCCGCAGCCGGUUCUGGAGCGCUGGGCGGACAUCACAGGCCACAUACUGCUGGAGCGCUACGGCAUGACUGAAAUUGGCAUGGCGCUAUCAAAUCCACUUAAGGGGCCACGCAUACCUGGUUCUGUUGGAGUGCCCCUGCCAGGCGUGGAAGUGCGUAUCAUGAUGACAAACACCACCAAUACAGUCAUUGCUGAGGGCAACAGCAAGGGCACCCAGGUGAAGCCUGGUUUAGAAGGGAAGGAGGGUGAGCUGAUGGUUCGAGGUUCUUCAGUUUUUCAGAAGUACUGGAACAAACCUCAGGAGACUGCAGAUGCCUUCACCGACGACGGCUGGUUUAAAACCGGGGACACUGCGCUUUACAGAGAUGGCGUGUACUGGAUCAUGGGCCGUACAUCUGUGGACAUCAUCAAGAGCGGAGGAUACAAGAUCGGUGCACUUGACGUGGAGAGGCAUCUGCUAGCCCACCCUGACAUCACAGAUGUGGCUGUGAUUGGUGCUCCAGAUGCCACCUGGGGUCAAAAGGUCACUGCGGUUGUUCAGCUGAGGAAGGGCAAGACGCUGACUCUGUCGGAGCUCAAGGUCUGGGGCAGAAAGCACAUGGCUCCAUACACCAUUCCCACAGAGCUGAUCAUGGUGGAAGAAAUGCCACGAAACCAGAUGGGAAAAGUCAAUAAGAAGGACCUGCUACGCCAGUUCUUCCCCACCCCGCUUUGAUCUGAGAUCAGUGUUCGGAAAGUUUGGGAAACAGCCACAGACUUGAGAGUUGCGUCCGGAUCAGUUGUUUCAGAUUGCGAAGUGUGUCUACUCACUAUCCAGUAGAGGGCAGUGUUUGGAUUAGACCUUCUCUACAAUGCAAAGACUUGAUGACUUCACAAGUUUAUAAUCACAGUUUGAUAUUGUGGCACCUUAUUUCACCUUCAUUUUGCAUGAACGAUAAAAUGUGCUUGUUUUAAAUGUCAAAGUUAUUAUUAGUGAAUACAACUGUAAUGUAACAAUUGAUGUACAAAUUUUUGCCCUAAAAAUGUUGAAAACAUUAUAUUUAAAAUGAAGAAAUGAAAUAUUUUUGUAAUGAAAUGCAUUUUGAAAUAAAAUAUGUUUA